AUGGAGAUAUUGACAAGCCUGUACACCAUCAUUAUAACCAGCAUUCCUUACAGCUCGGUAUCUUUUCUUACCCCAAAGGGAAUUCUAUCCUGUAGCAUUCACUGUCGAGAAGGAUGUGUUGCCUUCACUUAUAACGAACUAACUUCCAGUUGUAACUUGGUGUCUGAAUUCUAUACAGGAACCCCACCGAUUUCUCCUACUAGGUUUUAUAUGAAAAACAUUAACUGUCCACUGUUAGAUGAGUAUAAAUACAUUACAAUGGGAACAACCAAGGCUUGUGUGAAAUUUAUCUCUUAUACCCCGCAUUGGUUUGAUGCUCAAACUGUUUGUCAGGCAGAAGGUGGAUUUCUGAUUCAAUUUAAAACGAUAGAGAAAACUAAUAUGAUAAACCAGUAUAUUACAGACCGACUGAGUAUUUAUGAUCAAUGGUGGAUCGGUUUUCGGGAUAAAUAUGAUAAUAAUGUAUCCUACUGGCUUGAUGAUGACAUACUGAGUCGAUACGAUCCUAGAUGGUAUCCUGGUGAGCCUUCUUUUCAUUCUUAUGGCAAACAUGACGAUUGUGGGGUACUAAAAGAAGGGAAAUUUUGGGAUUAUUACUGUAUUAAUCCUUUGAAGUUUAUUUGUGAAAAGACUAUUUAG